AUACAAGCAAGCUGAGCCGCGGGCCUAUGUUUCCUCAUCCCACCACCGUCACGCCUCAAUCGCCGCCGCCGGCGCGCUCAUCGCGCGUCUCGUUCUCCUCGCCUCCCCCCACCGGCGCGGCCUUUGCCACUUCGCCGCGGUCAGCCGUCGCCUCGGUAUCCCUUCCUGCGGGAUCCGCCCUUGCUCCGGAGAUCUCCUGCAACGAAGUGCAGGGAGCAGCUGUAGUAGGGAUGUCGUCCUCUUCCACCGCCGAGGGCGACCGCAGCGAGUUCACCGAGGUCGUGGUGGUGCGGCACGGCGAGACGUCCUGGAACGCCUCGCGCAUCAUACAGGGGCACUUGGAUGCCGAGCUGAAUGAGAUUGGGAGGCAGCAAGCUGUUGCGGUUGCUCAUCGGCUGUCUAAAGAAGCUAAGCCAGCUGCCAUAUACUCAUCUGAUCUGAAGCGGGCAGCAGAGACUGCAAGAACAAUAGCAAAAAUUUGCAAUUUACCAGAUGUUGUGUUGGAUCCUGCACUUAGAGAAAGGCACAUAGGAGAUGUCCAGGGCUUGACGCUUCAAGAUGCUGUCAAAGAAAAACCUGAGGCUUACAAAGCUUUCAUGUCCCACAAGAGGAACAAACAAAUUCCUGGUGGUGGAGAGAGUCUUGAUCAACUAUCAGAGCGAUGUGUCUCGUGCUUGUAUAGCAUAGUCGAAAAGCACAAAGGGGAGCGAGUUAUCUUAGUCUCUCACGGUGGAACCAUCAGAGAACUCUACAGGCAUGCCAGUCCAACCAGGCCGCUUCAUACUAAAAUACACAACACGUCAGUAAGUGUUAUACUCGUUUCUGGUGACACUGGCCGUUGCAUUGUCAAGAUGUGUGGAGAUACUAGUCACCUUCAGGCCACCGGUGUUCUGGAAAAUGCAUUCGGCGGCGACAAGUCGUCUGCCUAAGUCUUAAGAGCAUCGUCCUUGCAGCAGUUAUACAUGUAAAGAUUAUACAUUCUUGUCAUCAUGAUUUAGCUGUAAAGAAUGAACAGUGACUAAUAACAGUGGAAAUAAAACAAAAUUCUCCA